AUGGCAGACCGUAUACAACUAUCAGACUAUGUUUGGUUAACACCAGAAAAGAAGUCUGAAUUUGAGAUCCCAAUAGCUGUUAAAAUACUUAAUAGUUCAGGAGGUAGAAUACAAGUAAAAGACGACAAUGGGGAAGUAUUUUCAACGGAUGUUACAAAUGUUAUCAAGCCACUACACGCUACUUCAAUAUCAAGCGUCGAAGAUAUGAUAACUCUUGGAGAACUUCAGGAAUAUACAAUACUGAGAAAUUUACAUAUACGCUAUAAUCAACAACUCAUUUAUACAUAUACUGGCUCGAUGUUGAUAGCAAUAAACCCAUAUGAGAUAUUACCAAUUUAUACGAUGGAUCAAAUUAAUUUUUAUCAAGAUAGAAAUAUUGGAGAUAUACCGCCUCACAUAUUUGCAAUUGGAAAUGAUUCAUACCGCGAAUUAUUAGAUACGUCAACAAAUCAAUGCGUUGUUAUAAGCGGAGAAAGUGGUGCUGGAAAAACUGAAAGUACAAAAUUGUUAUUACAAUAUCUUGCUGCGGCUAGUGGAAAGCAUUCGUGGAUUGAACAACAAAUUCAGGAAACAAAUCCAAUUUUAGAAGCUUUCGGCAAUGCUAAAACAGUUAAAAAUGACAAUUCUUCACGGUUUGGAAAAUAUAUCAACAUUUACUUUAGUAAAAAAGGAGUUAUCGAAGGAGGAAACAUUGAUCAGUACCUUCUAGAAAAAUCAAGGAUUGUGAGGCAAAAUAAAGGAGAGAGAAACUACCACAUAUUUUAUUCGAUGGUCACUGGAUUGUCUGCUGAUGAAAAAAAGAAAUUAGAAUUAGGAAGACCAGCAGACUUUGAAUAUUUGAACUCCGGAAAUAUGCUUACAUGUGAUGGUCGUAAUGAUGCGUUAGAAUUUUCAGAUAUACGGUCUGCUUUCAAAGUUCUAAAUUUCUCUGACAACGAUGUUUGGGGAAUAUUUAGUCUUCUUGCUGCAAUAUUGCACUUAGGAAAUCUUAAGUUUAAGGCAUUUAAUGUAAACAAUAUUGAAUCAUCUGAAGUGCCUGAUGCAUUAAAUGCAAAUAGAGUAGCUGGGCUUCUUGGAGUUAACAAAACGCGCUUAUGUGAAGCUUUUACUCGAAAAACAAUAAUAGCUCACGGAGAAAAAAUUGUUUCCCCCAUUUCAGCAAGCGCUGCGAUGGAAGGUCGAGAUGCUCUUGUUAAAGCAAUAUAUGGACAUAUUUUUGAAUAUAUCGUAGAAAUGAUCAAUAAAACUCUCCAUAAAGACGAACAACUUUCUAGUGGUUCUGUUGGUAUUCUGGAUAUAUUCGGUUUUGAAAAUUUUGAGUCAAAUAGUUUUGAGCAAUUGUGCAUAAAUUACGCUAACGAAAAUUUACAACAAUUUUUUGUAAGGCACAUUUUCAAAAUUGAACAAGAACAAUAUGCCAAAGAAGGUAUAACUUGGUCAAAUAUAAAUUAUAUUGACAAUCAAGAAAUUCUUGACUUAAUUGGACAGAAACCUAUGAAUAUACUGUCACUUAUUGAUGAAGAAUCGAGAUUUCCUAAGGGCACUGAUCUUACCCUGCUGUCAAAACUAAAUAGUAACCACAGUAACAAGAGUUUCUAUAUCACUCCAAAAUCUACUCAUGAACACAAGUUUGGUGUUAGACACUUUGCUGGAGAUGUCCAGUAUGAAGUUAAAGGAUUUCUAGAUAAAAAUAGAGAUAUGUUAACUCCAGACAUAAAGGAGAUGAUAUUUGACUCCAGUAACAUGUUUUUAAGAAAUUUGUUUUCCGCGGAAACUGUAACAGCUCAAAGCGGAAGUCGAAAAGUUGUAUCUUUAAGCCACAAAUUUAAAACAUCACUGGAAGCACUUAUGAAGGCUUUGUUUGCGUGCCAUCCAUUCUUUAUUCGAUGUAUCAAACCGAACGAACUUAAAAAGCCGCGAAUUUUUGAUCGAACAUUAUGCGUUCGACAACUUCGUUAUGCAGGCUUAAUGGAAACUGCAAAAAUAAGACAAGCGGGUUAUCCUAUACGAUAUUCCUAUGCUGAGUUUGUACAUCGCUACCGUCUUGUUGUUCCUGGUAUACCACCGGCAGAAAAGACUGAUUGUAAAAAUGCUACUCAAAAAAUUUGUGGUCAAGUACUAAAAGACGAAGAUUUUCGGCUCGGACAUACGAAAGUCUUUCUCAAAGAUCAUCACGAUACUUUGCUUGAAGAAUUACGACAUAAGGUAUUAAUCACGGCAGUAAUAAGAGUCCAGGCUAACAUCAGAAGAAUGAUCUGUAGGAAUAAAUACUUGCGGUUGCGAAAUGCAGCUAUUGUAAUUCAAAAGCAUUUCCGAGCUCGUGGCUACAGAAGCAGGUUCUUAAAAAUGAGAAGAGGAUAUCUUAGAUUGCAAGCAGUAGUAAAAUCUAGAGAAUUAAGAAAAACUUUCACUAACUUGCGGAAGUUCUUCAAACAUCUUCAAGCUCAUUGUAGGGGCUAUCUUGUUAGAAAACUAGUUAAAGAAAAGGGACACAUCAUCAAGGCUAGUUUAAUACAAUUAAAAAAAGAGAAACAAAGUCUUGGAAGUGAUAUUAAAGCAGCUGAAGACGAAUAUGAAAAGAAAUAUAAUGAUCUUAUUUCAUCUAUUUGGAUAUCUAAAGAAAUUGCUCCUGAGAGUAAUGUUCAAAACUCUACUAUAAUAGAUGAUAGAUAUGUUGAUGACGUAUUUGGAUUUUUGAAAGACACUGCAACGCCAGCGGGCACAGUAAGGGGUACAGGAUUUGGCAUGACUACAGUAGAAAAACCAAUGAUUUCAAGCGUUAUUCCAUUGCCAAAGGAACCAGAAGAAGAACCAUUCGAUGAAUUUGAUUUUAAAAAGUUUGCCGCAACAUAUUUCCUGGGGAAUAUGAGUUAUCAAUAUUCUCGAAAACCACUGAAGCAUUCUCUUUUGGACUUACCAUCUCCAAUCGAUAAAAUGGCAUCACAAGCUAUUUGGAUUACCAUUUUGAGGUUUAUGGGUGAUCUGUCAGAACCCAAGUAUACGGAUGAUAAAGUAGACAACGUACCAGUGAUGAGUAAAUUAUAUGAUACAGUUGGCCGAGCUUUUCAAAAGAGCAAAGAAUUUGCUGAUAUAAUAUCCCAAGAGCAAGCACAAAGUAAUAAUAAAUUGAUCCAAAAAACCCUAAAGAAACGAACUAAACUAAAUGAAGAACUCUUCAAAAAUUUAGUGAACGAUGAUAUGACGAACGACAUGUACAGCAAGUGGUUAAAUUCGCGACGCAGCUCUAAUUUAGAAAAACUUCACUUUAUUAUUGGGCAUGGUAUUAUCAGAAAAGAAUUGAGAGAUGAAAUCUUUGCCCAAUUAUGCAAGCAGUUGACUAAUAACCCUUCAAAAGCUUCUUACGCUCGAGGUUGGAUAUUACUCUCUCUUUGUAUUGGCUGUUUUCCACCUUCUGAGCGAUUUAUUAAGUAUCUACGUUCGUUUAUACGAAUGGGUCCGCCUGGUUAUGCCCCGUAUUGUGAAGGUAGACUUGUAAGAACGUUCAAAAAUGGCCCUCGUACCCAGCCUCCUAGUUGGCUAGAAUUGCAAGCAACUAAAACAAAGAAACCAAUCCUUCUAACGGUGACAUUAAUGAAUGAAACGAUUAAAACAGUUCAGUCAGAUUCUGCUACUACAUCUGAAGAAGUCUGUCAACAAAUAGCGGAUAAUAUUGAACUUGCUGAUACGUUUGGAUUUUCACUUUAUAUAACUUUGUACGACAAGGUUCUUUCGCUAGGAAGUGAAACGGAACAUAUUAUGGAUGCGAUUUCACAAUGCGAACAAUUUGCACGAGAACAGGGAACACCUGAAAAGAACGCUCCUUGGCGUUUGUUUUACAGGAAAGAGAUAUUUACUCCUUGGCACAACCCUGCUGUCGACCCGGUUGCAACAAAUUUAAUUUACCAUCAGGUAGUCAAAGGCGUGAAAUUUGGAGAAUACCGUUGCACCGUUGAAAAAGACUUAGCUAUGAUAGCGGCACAACAACAUUAUAUUGAGUAUGGACCGCGUUUAGAUCCUAAUGUAUUGCGAAAAGUAAUAGUUAACUAUAUACCAAAUCAAUUUAUCCAAUCAAAUGACGUUGCUUUAACGAAAUGGGAACAUCUUGUGACAAAAGCUUUUGAAUCAUCUCAAAGCGUACAAACUUUGGUUGAUCCUCUUCGAUGUAAAGAAGAUAUUGUUAUUUUUGCUAAAAUUAAGUGGCCAAUGCUAUUUUCAAGAUUCUUUGAAGCUAUUAAAAUAAAGGGUGACACAAUUAAUAAGGAUCUCAUUAUCAUUGCUGUUAAUUGGACUGGCAUAUAUAUCGUAGAUCAGUCAGAGCAUAUACUCCUAGAAAUAUCAUUUCCAGAAGUUACGUAUGUAGCUUAUGAUGAUGACACAGACUAUGAUAAAGUUGGAAAAAUAACAAUAAGGACGAUUCAACAAGAAGAGUUUGUCUUUCAGAGUGUUGAUGCUAGUGAAAUGAGCUCUCUUAUUAUAUAUUUGAUUGAUGGAUUAAAGAGACGUUCAAUUUAUGUUAUAACUCAAAGUGAUUCCCAAGGUUACAGUGAUGCAGCAUCAUUCCUUCAAUAUAAGAAAGGCGAUCUGAUUACACUUUUGCAAGAAUCGACUGGGGAAACAUUAAUGAGCGCAACAUGGGGUCAUGGUGAAUGUAAUGGUCAAGAAGGUUUAUUCCCAACGGAACAAGUUUAUAUUUUGCCAACUUUAUCAAAGCCUUCUCCUGCAGUUCUAGAUGUUUUUAAGAAAGGAAAUAUAAACACUGACAAGAAGGUUCAUUCUAAGUACAACACAAUACAGAGGAAAAAAAUGUAUACUCUUGAAAAGUUUGCCCAGGAGAACUUCAGAGAAAAUUAUGAUACUAAUAUCACAAUAUCAAGACAAUCAACAUUAACAACAGCUAAAAGAGCAGUUACAAGUGAAUUAUGGGCACAUACCCGUGACCCAAUAAAAAAACCGCUACUGAAAAAAUUACAAAACGAUGAGAAACUAUCUAAAAUGGCGGUUGCGUCUUUCCUUGCUAUAUUGAAGUAUAUGGGUGAUAUGCCAACUCCUAAAGUGAGAUCUGCUACGGAAUAUACUGAUGAAAUAUUCAAACCUUCAACAGAGCCCUUGAUGAGGGAUGAAAUUUAUUGCCAAAUAAUAAAGCAACUAACAAAUAAUAGAAUACAACUUAGCGAAGAGAGAGGAUGGGAAUUAAUGUGGCUUGCCACUGGUAAUUUCGCUUGUGGUCAAGUUUUAAUAAAAGAAGUAGUCGAGUUCUUAAAAACACGACCACAUCCUAUAGCAAAAGAUUGUUUAAAACGUAUAUUUAAAAUACAGAAAGGUGGACCAAGAAUAUAUGCUCCAUAUAUCGUAGAAGUAGAAGCUAUACAACAUAGAAGUAUGCAAAUAUACCAUAAAGUAUACUUCCCCGACGACACCGAUGAAGCCUUCGAAGUUGAUUCAUCUACAAAAGCUAGAGAGCUUUGUGAGCAAAUAACUGGACGACUUAAUCUCAAAAAUAGUGAUGGCUUUAGUUUAUUCGUAAAGAUCGUAGAUAAAGUCUUUUCUGUUCCAGAAAAUUAUUAUUUCUUUGAUUUUAUUCAUGAACUAGUUGAGUGGAUGAAACAAACACGUCCUAUACGUGGAGCAGGGAACCAACUACAGAUGAACUACCAAAUAUUCUUUAUGAAGAAGCUUUGGAUUAACACUGUACCUGGCAGAGAUAAGAAUGCGGAUCAAAUAUUUUACUUCCCUCAAGAACUUCCAAAGUAUUUACGCGGUUAUCAUAAAACUUCGAAACAGGAUCUAAUUGAGUUAGCUGCACUCAUUUAUAGAGCAAGAUAUGGCACUGAUCAAUCUGCAUUGCUUCAAAUAACGCAUAUGCUGGAAGAGUUUAUACCACCUGAUAUUAUAGGUAUUCAAACGAAUUCGCAAUGGAAAUCGACAAUCAGUGCGGCUUACUUUAAGCAAGGUACUAUGACCAUCGAGGAAGCGAAAGAACAAUUUUUAAGGAAAAUUUAUCAGCUACCAACGUUUGGAACAGCAUUUUUUGAAGUUAAGCAAACGUCAGACCCUUCUUAUCCAGAAAUGGUUAUUAUAGGAAUUAAUAGAAAUGGAGUCAGUGUAAUACACCCCCAAAGUCGUGAUUUACUAGUGACAUAUCCAUUUUCGCAACUGUCUAAUUGGUCCUCUGGGAACACGUUCUUCCACAUGACAAUGGGCAACUUUGUUCGUGGGACUAAGAUCUUAUGUGAAACAUCGUUGGGUUAUAAAAUGGAUGAUCUUAUAUCAUCGUAUAUUGCUGUACUUGGGCAGACGAUAAAACAUAAGCGGCGGUCAUAAAUUUAUAUUAGAAACUAUUAUUACUUUAUAUAUGAAUAAAUUUAGUUUUUUUAAGAA